GUUUCCUGACUUCUGGAGGAAGUGGCCGUGCGUCACUUCCGGCCUCCCUCUAGCUGCCAUCUUGCGUCCCCGCGUGUGUGCGCUUAAUCUCAGCUGGUCUGCCCGAGACCCCCUGAGCGCCAACCCUAGUCCCCCGCGCGGCCCCAUUUCCGCUCGGACAAGAUGAAAGAAACUAUCAUGAACCAGGAAAAACUCGCCAAACUGCAGGCACAAGUGCGCAUUGGUGGGAAAGGAACUGCUCGCAGAAAGAAGAAGGUGGUUCACAGAACAGCAACAGCAGAUGAUAAAAAACUUCAGUUCUCCCUAAAGAAAUUAGGGGUAAACAAUAUCUCUGGUAUUGAAGAGGUGAAUAUGUUUACAAACCAAGGAACAGUGAUCCACUUUAACAACCCUAAAGUUCAGGCUUCUCUGGCAGCAAACACCUUCACCAUUACAGGCCACGCUGAGACAAAGCAGCUGACAGAAAUGCUCCCCAGCAUCUUGAACCAGCUUGGCGCAGACAGCCUGACUAGCUUGAGGAGGCUGGCCGAAGCGCUGCCCAAACAAUCUGUGGAUGGAAAAGCACCACUUGCUACUGGAGAGGACGAUGAUGAUGAAGUUCCAGAUCUUGUGGAGAAUUUUGAUGAGGCUUCCAAGAAUGAGGCAAACUGAAUGGGGUCAACUUCUGAAGAAAGUAAAACUUGAAGAAGUUACUGGGAGCUGCUGUUUUAUAUUAUGACUGCUUUUUAAAAUCGUUUUGUUUAUGAUCUGAUAAAAUCUAGAUCUCUAAUAUUUUUAAGCUCAAGCCCCUUGGACAGUGCAGCUCUUUUCAGUUUUUGCUUAUACACACUUCAUUCUUUGCGGCUAAUUAAGCUGAAGAAGCCUGGGAAUAAAGUUUGAAACAAAGGUUAAUAAAUUUCUUUGCCUAGUA